UUGGGACUAGGAAUAAUGGGAAAAGCCAUGUCUAUGAAUUUGCUGAAGAAUGGAUUCAAGGUUACUGUUUGGAACAGAACUCUUUCCAAGUCAAAAUUUGUGGCUUUGAAACUUUGUGAUUGCAGUGUGAUGAACUGGUGGCUCAUGGUGCCUUGGUUUGACAAACCCCAGCAGAAGUGGUUAAGAAGUGUAAGAUCACCGUUGCCAUGCUGUCUGAUCCUGCUGCUGCUCUUUCGGUUGUCUUUGAUAAAGAUGGUGUUCUUGUGCAAAUUUGCAGCGGUAAAGGUUACAUCGACAUGUCGACGGUUGAUCCGGAGACUUCUUGCAAAAUCAGUGAGGCGAUCACGUCAAAAGGUGGCCAAUUCCUUGAGGCCCCUGUUUCUGGUAGCAAACAGCCUGCAGAAGCUGGUCAAUUGGUGAUUCUUGCUGCUGAAGAGAAGGUAAAUUGGUGAAGUAUGUGUUUUUUGGUAUAGUCAC